AUGCUUUUGUAUCAGCUGGUUGCACUCUGCAGCAUGCACGCACAAAUGUCGGUGGAAAUAGUCAAAGAAAAGCCACCAGACGAAAAACAGGCUCAUUUCUUAGACGGUGAGUCAGUGUGUGCGAAAGCGGACAGCCCCAAUCCAACGGCAGACGUCCUUCGCACUGAUGAUCCCACCUUCAACGAUCGUGAUCAACAGCCCUCACCCACUCCAGCCAGUACUACCGCUACCACGGAGAAUAACGCUUCAGCCGAUGUAAAUGGUGAAGCCGAGGCUAUCGCGGAAGCCAUCGAAAAGCGCAAGCAACCUGUCAUGGAACUGGCCUACUCGGAAGAGAGCUACGUACGCAGAUUACGUGUGGUCUAUGAGCUCUACAUGCCGGCGCCUUAUCGGAUGCCUCCAAACUCCGAUUCCACAAGUUCCACUGCCGCCGCCUCCUCUGCUCUUCCCGUUAGCCCUUCGAGCUUUGAGGAACUCGCUAGUAAGCUACCUCCAGGAGGACCAGCAGUACCUGAGGAUUUGGUGGCUCGAUGGCGUAUCCUCUGGGGUAACUGGAUGCAACUAUUUGAGUGGCAUACGGGCUUCUAUGAGAAGUUACGCACCCUAUUAGAAGAGGAUCCAGAUCGCAUUCCCAAGCUCUUCAUUGAUUCGCGCGCUCGUCUCCGCUCCAUCUACUCGAAAUACUGCGAGAAUCAAAUCAAGGCGGCUCACAUUGCAGAGCAACACAAGGAGUUCUUCGAUGAGUGGCGUGUGCAUGUGGGGGAUAAGGAGGAUGUGGUCUCGCUACUUAUGCAACCGGUGCAACGCAUUAUGCGCUACCAGUUGCCCAUCUCGGAGAUCGUCAAGUGGACGGAGCGAGCGAAGUUGCCCUCCCUGCCCCUGUGGCAGAAGGCCCUGGACAUAAUGAAGGAGAUUCCGAAGGACACACAACUCAUUCUUGAGGCAGCCCGAAUUGACGGAUUUCCAGGGGUAAUAACUGCCUUAGGAACGCUGCGUAUUCGCGGAGACCUUCUGGUUGCCUCGCUGUCUCGCUCGGAGUUGGCUGAAGCGCUGCGCUCCUACGCCAAAGCUCUCAACGUUCUCCCCUCUAAUCCAGCCUCCCGCAACUCCUCAGGCCUCUCCCUCCUUACCAAACUGCAUCUCCAAUCUUCCUCCACACCUGAAGAAGAGGCAGAGGCGCCCGCCACCACUACCACCACUGCCGCUCCCACUGACACCGGCCCAGUGAAUUUCACCUUCGCCAACGAGCCUACAUCGCUCGCGCCGAACGCUUCGACUGCACCCCUACCACCUCCGUCUCUACCGCUGCACCAGAAAAGUCGAAGCUCAUUGGAGGUGGGGGAGGUUUUUCAGACACAGCCACCGCCGCCAUUACUUCCAGGAGGCCAGAAGUUUGUAGUCUCGCGGCUCUUUCUCUUCGAUCGUAUGCUCCUCGUAACGGAGGAGGUGAAGGCCAAACGAAAGGGGACAAGUGCAGACGCCUUUGCGCAGUCGACCUAUCAAUUUAGGGCUGCUAUCAAUGUCAACAAGAUGAAGUUUGAGCCACACUGGUUCAUGUGCACCUUCACGUCUGAGCCGGCGACGACGGAAGCUACAGGAGCGGGAGUAGCGGAUGCGAUACCGAUGGGCGCAGCUGGAGCGACGAUGGUAUCGGGAAAUGAACAGUAUUCCGGCACUGAUUGGGCGUCGGUGCGUGCGGCCCUGGAAUUCGUGGCGUCGGACGAUCUGCGUUUUGCGCUGUGGGACCAGACACCGGGUCGUGAUGUUAUCUACAUCAUUGACCCCCAAACUGUCGCCACGCGCUCCGCCUGGGUGGUGCAUCUGCGCGACAUCCAACGCAUGCAACAGCAACUCCUUAUGGCGCUGGAGGAUCCCACACGAUUUGCUGGUGGAGAAAGGGAAUGGGGUUCACCACCAGCGUCAGUGACAGAGGUGCCAACCAUCCGUGGUCAGGUACCCCGAGAACAGCUGACCCAGACACCACACUCUUCUUCGGGUACCUCUCAUCAGACACGUAAAUGGCCCUCCUUCUCAAUGCGUCGGUCGAGCCGCCUCAGCUCCGCCUCUUCCGCUCUCACCGGCACUGCCUCCACGCCCACCUCAACGCAAGGUCUUCGUAGCAAUGCUGCUGGUGGUGGUGGGGACAAAUCAAAGCCCACCACACUCACCGGGGGAGGUGGUACGGACGGUUUAGGAGGGAGUCUACUGCGCUCCUUUUCGGCUGAAAGGCAUCGGGUUGUGAGCCCCACGCCCGCCUGUACUGUGGAUCCGGCUACACCAACCAACACAUCGGCAAGCAGUCUGCACAAGCCGUUUGUGGUGCGCUCCGCUAGCUCGCCCCAUCGAAAAGGGUCGGGUGAUGGGAGCAGGUGUGAUCCGGGCUUGGCUGCUGUGAAUAGGGUCGAUUCGGUGGAGUCUUCGGGGUGUGAUGUGAACCGAAAUUCCGUGGGUUUCCAAAAGACCAAGAAGGUCUUUACUAACCUCUUCUUCGGCAAGCAUUCAAAGAAGUGUCGCAGUCCCGCCACCACCCCCACUUCCGGUGGUGGCGGUACUUCGCAUCACUCCAUACCGCCUCCUUCUACUUCCUCUGUGCCGCCUCCCUCCGCCUGUCUGCAGUCGCGCAUCGAUUCGCUGCCUCCGCCUCACCCUGCCGCCAAUGCCGCCACUCUGACCAGCGCCUCGGAUACCCUUUAG